UUACAGCCGUCACGUGACGGGCGGAAUUCCCUCAAGAUGGCGGACAAGAAAUAAACAAGAAGCAUGUGACCCACGUCUUACUAAUGGAGUUAUGCGGUGUAGCAAAGGAAGCUUAAUUAACUUAAAAUUUAAUAAGAAGUCAUCAUUGGGCACAGGCCCAUGACUGAAUUAUUCUGGAAGUUAUUUGUAGCUGACAUGGAGAAAACUGCAGCUGGAUAAGAAGAACAAUUGUAUUUACUUGACGUAUGUAACCUGUGGAUGGGAGAUACAAACCAUAUUAUCUUCUAGGUCAACAAUGACAUAUAGUAUUUGAAGUACCAAGAUGUCUGUGAUAGUGUCUACUUGGAGAUACUGAUGAUUAAUGCAGCAAAAUAGCUCGCCCAGAAUUAUGAAGUAUGGAGCUAAAACUAUAAUAUAAAAGUACAAGUAUAUUAUAUAUAACUACAUAUCAAUAAAUACAUGUGCAAGAGUAAAGAUAUUCAAACAAAUUACAGCCUGAGAACAAUCUGCUCUGACUGGCAUUUUGCAUUAAUUGUGGUGGAAAUAUAAUCAAUGCUUGAUCCUGUAAAAUUUUACAAGUAAAACUGAAAACACUGAGUUACUAGUAUUAUAUUUUCAGUGAUAAAUCUGUACUUUCACACACACAAGCAAGGAGUACAGGCUUUAAGACAUACCAGUAUUACUAAUCUACCCCCAUCAAUAUUAAUAAUUUAGUAUAAUAUCUGUAUAACAGACCUUGUUAUACAUGGUGUGGAGAAAAAAUUAGCUAGUACUGUACAACUCAGUAUAAGCAGUGCAAUAAGCUGUGAUUCAAUGUGAUAUACAAGCAGCAGAGCUCUUUACUAGUAUACACCAUAUAGUAAACUUCCACAGAAGAAUACAACUGUGAGCUGUAAUUCUAUGCGGUACCAGUAACAGAGUUAUUAUACAAGUGUACCAAGCAUAAAAAAAAGAAAGCGCCAUGUCUGUUCCGUAUCAGCCACAAGUAGAUGAGGAUGAGGAGCCCAGGCCAUGCACCCUCUCCCCGCAUACCCCUGAGGAUGCGAGGCGUCGUCUGGAACUCUCUGGUCUGACAGGGGACGCAACAGCUGUGGAGAGACACACGUCUCACAUAGUAGUAGUGAAUGAACCCACCAUUCAAGAAGCCCCAGAAGAUGGCGCCACCUCAGGGUCAGAGGUCUCGAAGCCCCAGUACAUGGAGCAGAGGCGGUUCCACAACAGGUGGCCCCGGGGCCUGGGAAUAUGGAUGGCUGUGGUGGGAUUCCUGUCAGUACUGCUGGGUAUUAGUGAAGUCUUCAUCAUCCCAUUGUUUGAAGACAAGGAGGGGACAUUUCAGCCACAUCUGGAUGUCCAUAACACGUACGGUAUGGGGAUGUGGGCAGGAUCUGUGCUGAUCCUGACAGGCUGUAUGGCAAUAAGGGCAGCUAUUGGGAAACGUGCAUCUACAGUGUACAGGUUUUUCCUUCUCACAGUGUUGUGUCUGCUGUUGUAUGUGGUGGCUCAGUACAUGUUACUAGCUGGCUUCAUUGAGCAGAAGACUGUGCCAGCAUCCUACAAGUCGGGCAGUGCCCUGUUUUACAUCCAUGUAGCCACAUUCCUCAGCGUAUUCCUGGGAUUUAUCCUAUGCAUAGCGUCGGUGGUCCAAUACUACGAGACAGUCCUGUGUGGCGAGCUACAGCUGUGUCGUCGAUGUUUCUUCUGCUGCUUUCCCUGCUGCUGUCGAGCUGUAAAUGGACAUGGAUAGCGGCGCCACAACACCUGUUUAGAAGAAACUACAUAAAGGACAUUGAAUUCAUUUCAGAAUUUUUUGUGAACAUCUGGUCACAGAACAUACAGUUAGCAUUCUGGACCAUACACUGUGUACCAUACAGUCAAACUUUACUAUCAUGCUCUUCAUCCCCCAUAAAAGCCCAGGAACUGGUGCUUGCUUACAGAUUCAUUAAGGCACUCGCUCCUGUAUCUGGCUUGUCUUUCACUUAACUUAACAGUAGGGCCCCCUUUUGUGCAUCCACAAAACAAUAUUGUAACUGGAAGUAAUAUAUAUAU